AUGGUCGGGUGCGUACAUUGAAAUUACUUUCUGAAGAUCCAUUGCGUUAUGAUGACGCUCCUCGUGAAGGCAUCAAACGUAUUUUGCAAGAAGUAAGUAAAAUUAAAAAAGUCGAAGGAUUUCAGUCUGUCGUACUUAGACAUUCGAUGAAUGACUUGGGGUUGAAUCGUAGGCUUCUUUUUCUGACAAUGUUUUCAUACACAAAAGAAGUAACGGAAACAAAUGCUUUACCAAUUAAACAUUCUAAACGAAUAUACUUAACUCUCUAUUCGUCCGCUUGCUGCUGGUAUUCUAAAACCUCAAGAAUUGUGCCAAAAAUCCUAUUGUUUUAUAUUUUCUGGUCAAUUUCUCAAGUAAUAAUAUCCGCGUAAUCUGCUUGCUUUGUGAAAAAAUUACAAAGAAAGAAGUAAGUAGGAAAGACUACGUCCUUUUUUUAGCUCCUCCUAGUUAAAGCCGUCCCAAGCACAAGGAAAAAUCUCAUGGGGAUAUAUUUAUUUACAAUUUUUUUAACAAAAAAAACAUAAUAUCGAUCGAUUAUGUGACUGAUCCAUAAUCAAUAAGGAAUUAAAAAAUUUUCAUAAACUUGUCUUACGUAUCUGUUUUAGGAAACGGGUAAAGCUAUCGGCGAAGAAGAUUUGAUAGAUACUUCUCAAAUAAAUUGGAUACGUAUGGGCACCACUGUAGCUACUAAUGCUUUAUUAGAGCGUAAAGGUGAUCCAGUGGCUUUGCUGGUAAAUGAAGGUUUCCGUGAUUUGCUCUACAUUGGCAACCAGGCGCGACCAAAAAUCUUUGAGUUAGAUAUACAAAAACCUUCAAACCUGUAUAGCACCGUAUCCGAGAUAAAUUGUCGUAUUGUUCCCGCCCAAAAAGAUAGGUGUCAAUUAAAAGAGAAGAAAAAUUGGAAGAUUUUGCGAGGCGCUGGUGAUUCACAAUACUUUGAAAUAUGUUCCGUGAAUGAAGUUGAGGUCACUAAGACCUUACAGCUUAUCAAAGAUCGUGGAAUUAAUUCUUUAGCAGUAGUUUUGGCCCACAACUAUUCUUGUUCAGAACAUGAGUUGAAAGUUGGUGAAAUAGCCAAAAAAUUGGGCUUUGAAUUUAUUACACUUUCACACCAAGCUAUGCCAAUGAGCCGUUUAAUUCCCAGAGGUUAUACGGCUUGCGCCGAGGCUUACUUAACACCACAUGUUGUACGAUAUUUAAAUAGUUUCAAAUCUGGUUUCGCUGAUCAGUUGAAAGGCAUUGAGGUCUUGUUUAUGCAGUCCGACGGUGGUUUAACACAAAUUGACAAAUUUCGCGCUGCCCGGGCUAUAUUAUCGGGUCCGGCGGGUGGUGUGGUAGGCUAUGCGAUGACAGGAGAACGGGAAACCACUUUACCAUUGAUUGGUUUCGAUAUGGGUGGCACGUCCACAGAUGUAUCGCGUUAUGCCGGCACAUAUGAACAUGUAGUGGAAAGCACAACAGCAGGAGUCACGAUUCAAGCCCCGCAACUGGACAUUAACACUGUAGCCGCAGGUGGCGGUUCUCGCUUGUUCUUCCGUUCAGGCUUAUUUGUUGUAGGGCCAGAAAGUGCUGGCGCUCAUCCAGGACCAGCUUGUUAUAGGAAAGGCGGUCCUUUAACUGUGACCGAUUCCAACUUAAUAUUGGGGCGUUUGCUACCACAGUACUUUCCUAAAAUUUUUGGGCCUCAAGAAAAUGAAUCUUUAGAUAUCGAAGCGACGCGAAAACAAUUUUUAGAAUUAACGGAUACGAUUAACUUGAGUCAAAAAGAGACUGUACAAAUGUCAGUCGAAAAAGUGGCUUUGGGCUUUAUACGUGUAGCCAACGAAGCCAUGUGUCGUCCGAUAAGAGCUUUGACACAAGCUCGUGGCUUAGAUACCUCAAAACAUGUUUUGGUGUGCUUUGGCGGUGCGGGCGGGCAACAUGCUUGCGCCAUAGCCCGCGAGUUGGGCAUUUCUAAAGUAUUAAUACAUAAAUAUGCCGGUAUACUUUCAGCUUAUGGUAUGGCUUUAGCUGAUGUUGUUCAAGAAUUACAAGAACCUUGCUGCUUAGACCUGUCGUCUGCAAAUGAGGACAAUUUAAUGCAACUUUUAAGUUCCUUACAAAAACGAUGUCGUUUCAUUUUAGAAAAUCAAGGUUUCAAAGAGAUUGACUUAGAAUCUUAUCUACAUUUGCGUUACGAGGGCACAGAUGGUGCUUUAAUGUGUAUGCCUUCCAAGAAAUCUACCAUUGGCGCGAAAUGGUUAGAUGCUUAUCAAGAGACUUUUUUGGAGCGCUAUCGUACGGAAUAUGGUUUUAUUUUAGAGAAUCGCCGUAUUAUUGUUGAUGAUGUACGCGUAAGAGGAUUGGGGAAAACAUCAGCUUCUCCUGUAAAUAAAAUUGCAGAGGCUAAAGAUCAUCAACCCAAAGCCGAAGCCGUUACGCCGAUUCACUUUGAACAAGGAUUGCUUGAAGCACCAAUUUAUUUAGUAGAGAAUCUUUUAUAUAAACAUCGUGUGAAGGGUCCAGCUCUGAUUAUUGACAAACUUUCUACUAUUGUGGUGGAGCCAGAGUGUGAAGUUGAAGUAACCGAAUAUGGCGACUUGAUCGUGCACGUGCAGUCCUCUAAGCAAAGUGAGAUCGAUGAGAAACUUAAUGCGAUACAACUGAGCAUAUUCAGUCAUAGGUUUAUGAGCAUCGCUGAACAAAUGGGCAGAGUUUUGCAACGUACUUCCAUUUCAACUAAUAUUAAAGAGAGACUUGAUUUUUCUUGCGCUUUAUUUGGAAACGAUGGCGGAUUAGUUAGCAACGCUCCGCAUAUACCAGUGCAUUUGGGGGCCAUGCAAGAAACUGUACAAUACCAGUUGAAAGUUCGAGGAAAAUCCUUAAAAGAUGGUGAUGUUAUACUUUCAAAUCAUCCUCAGGCCGGUGGGUCACACCUGCCUGAUUUAACUGUUAUCACUCCGGUAUUCUAUAAGGGACACGAUGGACCUGUCUUCUUCGUAGCUUCUCGAGGUCAUCAUGCAGAUAUUGGAGGUAUUACGCCUGGUUCUAUGCCACCCCAUUCUACUAGCUUGGCACAGGAAGGCGCCUCAUUUAAAUCUUUCCUCAUAGUAGAGAACGGCAUUUUCCAAGAAGAAAAGGUUACAAAGCGUUUCACUACUCCGACGGGAGCAAAGGGAGCCACAGGCACACGAAAUUUAUCUGACAACAUAUCGGAUCUGAAAGCGCAAAUAGCAGCUAAUCAAAAAGGUAUACAGCUUGUUUCAGAUUUAAUCGAUAACUAUGGCUUGAAAGUGGUUCAAGCCUAUAUGCUAUAUAUUCAACAAAAUGCUGAAAUAGCUGUACGUGAUAUGCUGAAAGAAAUAGCGAUAGAUACUCGAAAACGGACAGGAUCUUUUGUUUUGCGAGCAGAGGAGUUUAUGGAUGAUGGUACUCCUAUUCGCUUAAAAGUGACCAUAGAUGCUGAUGAGGGAUUUGCUGAAUGUGACUUCACAGGAUCCGGCCCGGAAGUUUGGGGUAAUUGCAAUGCUCCCCGCGCUAUUACUCUAUCUGCCUUAAUUUAUUGUUUGCGCUGCAUGGUAGGCCACGACGUACCUUUAAAUCAAGGUUGUCUAAGACCUAUUCAAAUAAAAAUACCUAAAAACUCUAUAUUAGAUCCUUCAGAAGGAGCUGCUGUAGUAGGAGGUAAUGUUUUAACUUCUCAACGAGUGGUGGAUACGGUUUUAAAAGCUUUUGGAGUGUGUGCCGCUUCGCAGGGCUGCAUGAAUAAUGUCACCAUUGGUGAUGAGCAAUGGGGUUAUUAUGAAACUGUUGCUGGCGGUUCUGGAGCCGGCCCCUCGUGGAAUGGUAUUGGCGGUGUACACACUCACAUGACUAACACCCGCAUAACUGAUCCUGAAAUACUCGAGUUACGUUAUCCGAUUAUUUUAAAACGUUUCUGCUUAAGAACAGAUGGAUCGGGUGGAAAAGGCAAAUAUUGCGGUGGCGAAGGUGUAGAACGACAUUUGCUCUUCCGCAAGCCAGUUACUUUGUCGAUUUUAACAGAACGUAGAACUUUAGAACCGUAUGGGUUGGAUGGCGGUGAACCAGGCAAACGUGGCCUUAAUUUAUUAUAUAAACCUGACGGUCGCAUUAUAUCGUUGGGUGGCAAAACUUGCAUUGAUGUUGAAACGGGGGAUAUGUUUGUUAUGAAAACUCCAGGUGGUGGUGGUUACGGCACUUGCAUAGGUAAUGACAAUGAUAAUGAUAAAGACGGCACAUGUACGAGUAACACUCGAAAGGAUAUUCAUAAAUUUCAAGAACGAGGAUCUGUAUUCGAAUACCGCCAAGCACAAGAAACAGUGUAAAAUACAGUAUCUUUUACUAUUGCUAAUGGGCCCAUUAUUGUUCGAUUGAGCCAAGCUUUAAAAUAAUUGUAAAUAUACAAACAAAAAAUUUUAUGAAAAUAAAGUUAAUUAUCCAACGUACAUCCA